AUGGCCGAGAAAGUUGCGUUAAAAGAAAAUGCUCUAGACUUAGCUCUAAAUUCUGAAACAACGAAUAUUGUCGGCGACGGUCCUGCGGAGAAUAUCCUUGGUUUGUCUCCAGUGCAAAUUCAACAGGAAUAUUUUGAAAACUUACUAGACUGUGACUGGGUCAGAUAUGAAAGAAGUAAUAGGAAUCAUUUACUACAGAAUGUAGCAUUUGCUUUAUUUGGAAGUCCAAGUUUUGAAGGAGAAUUGUCUGAAGUUGAUGACAACCAUUGUGCACAUUUAGAAGGCUACAAUUCCAGGCAAAAGGAACGAGUUUUAAAAGUAUAUGAGAAACUCUGUGACCAGAGCAAGUACUCUCAAAAUGAUGAAGAUAUUAUUAUGUCAGUGCUACUUAUAGUGUGUGCGAGGCCUAAGCCUCUGAAAUUCUAUCAGUUGGAGCCUUCAAAUUACUGGUUGGAUUUGCAUCAGAGAAGUGACAUUGAUAUCUGGUGUACUCCUGUUUUUAGAGUCCGGAAGUGCAUUCCUACUACUGAUGGGGUAAAAUCCUGCCGAUUGUAUAUAGACGAAAAUGCAAGAGUAUAUCAAGACUGGGAUUCAUAUUUAAGAGACAACACUCUACCCAAAUGUGUUAUCAUUGUGCCUGAAAAUGGAGAAUAUCAAGGAACUAUUAUUGAGGGUGAAGAAGAUUUCGCAGUAAAACUGACGGUUUCACCAUCGCCUACUCUAGGUCUAAAAGCAAGAGUGCUAAGCUCUGUAGACACUGCAAGUACAGUGGCAUCUAUUGGAGCAGUUGGUGUCCUUGGCGUAGCAGCGUUUACUCCAGUCGGCCCUAUUGUUCUAGCUGGUGCUGCUAUAGCUACAGUUACUACAGGCAUAUAUGGUUUGGUCCGAUCUUCAUUGCAUUUGCAUGACCGGACUGUUCAUGAACAGUCCAUAAGCCCGACAGAUGCAGAAGCGCGAGGCAGUUGGCUCAACAUCGCCGCGUCGAGUGUGGGUCUGGCAGCCGGUGCCGCCUCCAGUCUUCUGCACAAAUCCGCUGUUGCAGGCAGUAACUUAACUAAGACUGGCCAAGCUCUAGCAGUGUCCGUGGAAGUACUUCGGCACGCGAACAUCGUGACUGGCGGCGCUGGAGUCCUUAACAGUCUUGUUCAUAUUAUUCUUAAGUACCGCAACCACGGCGAGAAACCAACGAAACUGGAACUGUUCCAAUUCACGGCAGCGACGUUAUUCUUUUGCAAUGCAGUGAUGUCCAACCGGACCGCUCAGCAGAUUAUCGAGGACGCUCAGGCCAAGACCAUCAAUGAGUACCGCGCCACUUUGCGUAGCAAUAGACACAGGAGAAUAUUCGACAAACUCAGCGCCGAAUCCAGACGUAUGCAAGGCACAGUGCAAGGUAAUACUGAAGUCAUCAAAGGCAUAAAGAACAUCGUCGACAAGGACCAGUACUUCGCAGAUAUCCUUCGCAUUAACAAGGAGUUAAAUGAGCACAAAAUGAGAAUAUCUAUGACGUCAGAUGGUCAAGUGAACUUGAACGCCCAACACAAGUUCCAUCCAUCAGAUUUGCAUAACAUUGGUAAACAGGAAAGGAUACAACUAUUCGAAUCUUUAGGUCCAGCUGAUACGACUUUAAGGAAUGUUUCUACUAAAGUAACACCUUCAACGACAGCUGUGGGAAAGUAUGUCGAUGGUGAAGAAGAUAACACGAUCAUAGUAAAUAUCCGUCCAGGGGAAGUAAUACGUAUCGGUGCAUUCUUGUUAAGAAUCACCACUUCAGGCGCUGAGAACAUCGCUGCGCGACUCCAGAAUCUAAGUCAAGACAUUUACGUCAAUCUUAUGACAGUAUCCUUCAACGUUCUAUCCAAGUUGGUGCCGAAAGAUAUUGCAAAUUUAAAAUUAUUGAGCCCAGACGAAGAUCUGAUUGAGCAAAUUGUGAAAUUUGUAUUUAAUUAUAUGAAACACAGUAGGCCUUUGGGUGAUCCUUGCAGGGAUACAGAUAAUGGUAUUAUUGUGGUGUUGAAAGAGUUCUUCCAAGAAGGAAUAGUCCGUCAGGAAACUAUAUUGUUUUUGAAGGAUAGACUGGUUGCUUGGAUUGACGAGGAACUUGAUCGUAGGCGGCAGCUGUAUCCAAAUAAGAAACAAAUCGUCUGUCAGUUGUGUCAAGGCGUUAGAUUCGCUUAAAAGAGUACCUUAGAGUACCUUAAAAGAAAAAAAUAAUAUAUCUACUGAAUACAACCCGACGGAAACCUGGAUAUCUACUCCCUUCCACCUUCGUCUAAUGUCACACCAGGCUUGCCCUCUCGAGUAUUUUCGGCACAGUUAUUGAUUACACAGAAACAAACCCCUCGGGAAAACGUGUGAAGUCUCCAACCCGCAUUGGGCCAGUUUGGCGGACUAUGGCCUAAUCCCUCUGAUAGGAGACCCGUGCCCAGCAGUGGGACGUAUAAAUAGAUUGAUGAUAAUGAUGAACCACAAUAACAAAUAUCAUUCGAAAGAUUUUUAGGUCCCAUUUCCUACUUCAAGUAUUAAAAUUUAUUAUAUAUAUAUAUAACACAUUUUUAUGCUGAUCACAACACAUUCAUCGUGUCGUUUUUCAGUGAAUACGUCGGAUUCUGUUUUUAAUUGCUUGUUAUACGGUGGGACACGAAAAAAUUGAAAUUUGUAUCUUAUGUCAUCUACAUGGCACAUUUUUUUGUAAAAAGGGUUAUUUAUUAUUUUGUUUUUGGGAAUUAGCAAAAUGUCACUCGGCGUGUCAACGUUCAUGACAGUGUCUUUAAUACACAUCGUUUCUUAGUUUUGUAUAAUAUUAUUGUUUGUCAAUGUUUAUGAAUUUCCAGCACCAAACACAAAAGUAAACUUAUGAGCUUGAAAGUUCAUUAAUACUUUACGUAACUCACUGUCCUUACCUAGACCGUUAAGUCAACAUGUUGGUACAUAGUAUUAUGUAGAGAGUCGCUAUAUAUUUCAUUUCUGUACAAGCUUUAUGAAAACAACACAUAUCACACUACGAGGCCAAUUUUAUAAUGAAUAUAAAAUAAAUAUAUUUACAUAUUCAAUAUAUUCGUAUCUAUAUUAUUAAAAUAGCAGUGAAUGAUAGCGAGCUAAGUGCACUGUGAUACGUAAUUAUACAUGUACUAUAUUUGUAGAAUAGAGGCGAAUAAAAAAACUGAAAAUAAUCUUAGUGUCUUUAUCUAACGUCAUUACUGUUUGUUUAAAACAGAGUAUAAAACACAUUGAAGCUAUUACAAGAUGAGGGUACUGUGUCAACAAUGCUGUAAUAUUAAUAUUUUACACGCACUUUUCCAAUAAUCGUGAUAAAUAGAAAUAUUUAUUUGGAAACUUUCGUGCUUUUAACUCAGCCUCUGCUUAGUUCCUAGCAAUGUUAGUCAAAUGUAAUGUCGGGGAUAUGCAAUUAUGCGUAACUAGCAUACGUCAUAAAGUUGCCAUUUCGGUAAGUUAGCCUGAUUUACUGGACUCUAUUGUUAUCAGUCCGUAAAUAACUUUAUUAAUGCUUACUGUGCAAAAAUGGAAGUCAUUGAAAUAAAGUAAUAACGUUUGAACCCACUCCUGUAAAAUUUGAUCUCGUCAAGAUACGUGCUUUUUAUCAAUGUUACGUACGCGCCUUUGCACUGUCCCCGACGAAAUUGUAUUUUGAUGUAAUAGAAUAUAAGCGUUUACAAAUAUUUUACAACAUACCAAUAUUGUGCCUUUUCACAAUUGAUUCUCAUUUGCUUAAUAGUAUAUAUAAUGUAAACAAAUAAAUAAAUAACGCACAGACUCAACAUAUAAUGAUCUAUUUUAAAUUAUUCUUCUGUUAUAUCAAUAUUUAAAUAGCGAGCAUUAUCAAAAGUAUUAACUUUUACUGAUUUCUGCGACUCCUUGAACCUAUUCUUCCUGAUCCUGAUUAUACAAUAAAAAC